AUGAGUCUUGGAACAUUACAUAGGCGUAAGAAAGAAGGAGCUAUUCGACGUCAUACCAAUCCGAUCAAACCACAUUUGAAGGAAGCAAAUCUGAAAGGUAGACUAGAAUUUUGCAUUUCUAUGCUCGAUAAGAAUACUCUACCUCAUGAACCGAAGUUUGUUGAUAUGUACAAUAUUGUGCAUAUCGAUGAAAAGUGGUUUUAUAUGACGAAGAAGACCGCGAAAUAUUAUCUACUUCCGGUUGAAGACGAUCCACAUCGUACAUGCCAAAGUAAGAAUUUUAUUGGGAAAGUAAUGUUUCUAGCGGCGAUGGCUCGUCCAAGAUUUGAUGAGGAAGGAAAUGAGGUAUUUUCUGGAAAAAUUGGUAUCUUUCCAUUUGUUACUUUGGAAGCAGCUAAGAGGCGGAGUAAGAAUAGAGAUGCAGGAACUUUGGAACUAAAAGCAUCAACUUCUGUUAAGAGGGAGGAUAUAAAGGCAUGCUUGAUUGAAAAAGUUCUUCCCAAAAUUUAUGAAAAGUGGCCAAGAGAAGAUAGGGGAAAGACUAUUUUUAUCCAACAAGACAAUGCGAGUACACAUAUCGCAUGCUCGGAUACAGAUUUUCAAGAAGUAGCGUCAAGAUAUGGCUUUGACAUACAGUUGAAGUCUCAACCACCGAACUCGCCAGAUCUAAAUAUUUUAGAUCUUGGAUUUUUUAGUGCCAUUCAAUCGCUGCAACAUAAAGCAUGUCCAAAAACCAUAAAAGAUCUUGUUUGUGCGGUAGAAGAGUCAUUUGAAAGGUAUCCUACAAAUCACGUAAACCGUAUCUUUUUGACUCUUCAAUCUUGUAUGCUAGAGAUCAUGAAAGUUGUAGGAUCAAACAAGUACAAGAUACCGCAUAUGAAGAAAUCUACAUUGGAAAGAAAUGGUCUUCUUCCCAAACAAUUAAGUUGUGAUGCUAUGUUGCUGGAACAUGUGUUGAACAUUCUCAGGUCGUCAAAUUAG